GCAUAGUGUAUGCUCGUCAUAAAUACUUUGUUAUCAUUUUGAACAUUACACCCUUAUCGAUAUUGUAACAACAGUCACCAAAGAUAUUCAAAUCGUGCGUUCUCUUCAUGAAAAUCAUCCAUAUAUUUCAGUGUGGGUAUGUUCAACCUGUUUCCAUAACAACGAUGCCUCCCAUGAAACUUGCCAAGGAUGCGGAACACCCAAAUUGAUGAGGACGAGGUCUGUUGCAAAAGGUGCACAACGGAUGUCAAAAGUUCCAUGUUCUACCCCGAAUGAUCCGGCUUCUAAACCCCCUGUCUACAGUAAACCAAGACAGAAGGUCGCCCGUGUCAACCCUGUUCCAAAACCCUCACGACAAGGAAUAGAAUUGGGCGAAUUGAGACUCGUACUGCUAGGUAAAACUGGAGCGGGAAAGAGUGCAACAGCAAACACAAUACUAAAUGAGAAGGUUUUUGACUCAAGAUCAUGUAUGUCCUCGGUUACCGAAAAAUGCCAGUUUAUUCGUCGCGAGGUGUUUGGCAACACCAUCCAGAUUGUUGAUACUCCCGGAUUAUUUGACACCAAUACAAAGAAGGAGGUUAUUGAUACAGAAAUUAAGAAAUGUAUUGCAAUUUCGGCUCCAGGACCACAUGCCUUCUUGUUGGUUUCAUCCUUAACCAACAGGUUCACCGAAGAAGAAGGAAAGGUUUUUGACGAAAUUGACGACAUGUUUGGGGAACAUGUGCUCAAGUACAUGGUCAUUGUCUUUACUGGAAGAGAUCAAAUUAAACCUAAAACAGUUGAGGAACACAUUCAAGGCGCUCCAGACAAAUUAAAGCAGCUUCUAAGUAAUACUGGUGGCGGAUAUGUCACCUUAAACAACAGAGGCGACGCAUCUGAAAAAGAAGCUGAUGUAAAAUGCCUUUUAGAACGCAUCAAAGAUACGGUCGACAAGAAUGGAAGGAAGCCUUUCACAUCGAAGAUGUUUCAAGAGGCAGAGGAAAUUAUACAAGAGAGGAUCCGGAGAGAUAGAGCUGAGAAAAAACAAGAGAUGAGAAGGGAAAUUGAGGAAGAACUGCGCGAAGAGAUCAAGAAGGAGAGAGAGCAUUAUGAGAUGCUCCACGAAGCCAAUGUGAAACAAAUGGAAGAUCUUAAACUGAAACUGAAGGAAGAGCGGGAUAAGCAUGUCAGAAAGCGUUCGGUAGUUAGACAGAAUGAGAGGACCAUGGAGGAGCUUGUACGGAAGGAAAUGGAGAUGAAGGCAAAGAAGGGCAAGCUUGUACAGCAGAUGCAAAAUGCUGAAGGUGGGGAGAGAAUGCAAAUUCAACACCAACUGGCAAGUGUUGCGGAGGAGGUCAAGAGCGUACUUGCUGAAAGGAAGAGAGUAGAAGAUGAAGUCACAGACGACCGGUUUCAAGCAGAAUGUGAUUUGAGGGAACAACAAGUAAGAAAAGCUGAAAGGGAAAACAUACAGAAAGAAGAUGAAUCAACACUUCGUAGAUUCACCGAUGGCAUAAGGACUAUGGGGAAUCGUUUCCUCAGUUUAUUUAAGUAG